UUGUAUUAUGAUUAUUAUAGAGAUUUGGUGAAGUAUCUCUAGAUCUUUAUAUGAAAUUGCCAAUGAUUAUUCGGUAAGCACAUGAUUAAUCAGGUGUUUGUUCAAUCAGAAUAUCUCUUUUGAAGUAACGAUGGCACAGGAUGAACUAUUACCACUAAAUUUAUUUAGUCAAACAUUUGGAUUCAUUGGAGGUGGGAAUAUGGCACGUGCGAUAGGUGCGACACUCAUUGAAAGAGGAAUUUUCAAACCCGAUAAUGUCUGGGUUUCUUCUCGUACAGAGAAAACACUUGAGUAUUGGAAAAAAUUGGGUGUACAUACUACUCUGAGUAAUUCUGAAGUAGUUUUAAAUUGUAAAACUGUUAUAUUGGCUGUGAAACCGCAGUUUUUGGACACUGCUAUGGCAUCUCUACAUGUUCUAAAAGGCAGGACAAAUUUGCCUAACAAAGUGUUUAUUUCUGUAAUCGUGGGACUAACUAUCGGUUCAUUGACUCAGAAAUUGAAGGAGUUCGUUUACAAUACGUUUCGAGUUAUUCGAACGCUACCAAACACUCCCCUGGCUGUUGGCGAAGGCACAACAGUUUACUGUUGUUCAUCGGGGCAGGAUGAUUCUUAUGAAUGCCAACUUAUAGAAGCUAUGUUUUCAAAAAUUGGAAUAGUAGAAAAAAUCGAUGAAAACAUGAUGAAUGCUGUGAGUGCCCUAUCCGGAUCCGGACCAGCUUAUGCGUACCUCAUGGUCGAGGCAUUGGCCGACGGAGCGGUAAAAAAUGGAGUUCCUCGUGUUCUCGCCACUAAACUGGCAGCGCAGAUGCUCGUUGGUGCUGGAAAAAUGGUUCUGGAAACGGGAAAACACCCAGGACAACUCAAGGACGAGGUUUGCUCCCCUGGAGGAACGACUAUUACUGGAAUUCAUGCACUGGAGACUGGUGGAGUCAGAGUUUCCCUCAUGAAUGCUGUUGACGCAGCAGCUCAACGAGCCAAAGAAAUAUUAUCAUAAAUACCUUUCUACGUUCCAAUUCUUCUUCUUUUUAGUUCAAUCAUUCAUUAUGCACUUAUCUUCUCACGGAAAAAUUAUUUUCUUUUGUUGAAAGAUUAAUUUAAUUCUCUUCAUUUAAGUUACAUGUUAUAAUCAUACACUGCUGGUGAAGAAAUGGACCGUACUUUACUGUCAAAUACAUUUUCUAUUUGUUCUUAAAAGUUCAGGAAUAAUAAUGUCUCUUAGAUUCUCAUAUUUAUAA